CACAAGCACACCGACGAAAGAGCAGAGCCAGAGCACAGCGGCCAUGGCAACAACGCCGAGCUUCAAGGUGACCCGGAUCUCGGAGGGCCCGGUGAAGCCGGUCGGCGAGACCCCCGACCACACCCUGCCGCUGGCGUGGGUGGACCGGUACCCGACCCACCGCGGCCUGGUGGAGUCCAUGCACAUCUUCCGCUCCGGCGCCGACGCGGCGCCCGGCGUGAUCCGCGAGGCGCUGGGCAAGGCGCUGGCGUACUUCUACCCGCUGUCGGGGCGCAUCGUGGAGCAGCCGGAGAAGGGGUGCCCCGCCAUCCGGUGCACGGCGGACGGCGUGUACUUCGCGGAGGCGGAGGCGGAGUGCAGCCUGGAGGACGUCAAGUUCCUGGAGCGGCCCCUGCUGCUCCCCAAGGAGGACCUCGUCCCCUACCCCGCCGAGGACCGCUGGGGCGUCGAGCCGCACAACACCAUCAUGAUGAUGCAGAUCACCAAAUUCACCUGCGGCGGGUUCGUGAUGGGCCUCCGGUUCAACCACGCGUCGGCGGACGGCAUGGGCGCGGCGCAGUUCGUCAAGGCCGUGGGCGACAUGGCGCGGGGCCUCCCUGAACCGGCCGUGUUGCCGGUGUGGGACAGGGAGAAGUUCCCGAACCCAAGCAUCAAGCCAGGCCCGCUCCCGGAGCUCCCGGUGCUGGCGCUCGACUACAUCGUGCUCGACUUCCCAACCGGCUACAUCGACGGGCUCAAGAAGCAGUACAAGGCGCACAGCGGCAAAUUCUGCUCCGGGUUCGACGUGCUGACAGCGAAGCUGUGGCAGUGCCGCACCCGGGCGCUCAACCUGGAGCCGGAGGCCACGGUGAAGCUCUGCUUCUUCGCCAGCGUGCGCCACCUGCUGAAGCUCGACGCCGGCUACUACGGCAACUCCAUCUUCCCCGUGAAGAUGUCGGGCACCAGCAAGCAGGUGCUGGAGUCGUCGGUGAUGGAGGUGAUCGACAUGAUCCGGGAGGCCAAGCAGCGGAUGGCCGUGGAGUUCUUCCAGUUCGCCAAGGAGGAGACGCAGCAGGACCCCUUCCAGAUGACCUUCAACUACGAGUCCGUCUACGUCUCCGACUGGAGCAAGCUCGGCUUCUCUGACGUCGACUACGGCUUCGGACCGCCCAUGUUCGCCGGCCCGCUCGUCAACAACGACUUCAUCGCCUCUGUCGUCAUCCUCAAGGCGCCGCUGCCGCUCGACGGCACCAGGAUCCUCGCAAGCUGCGUCACCAAGGACCACUCUGACGAGUUCACCCGCGGCAUGAAGGAGGACCUGCCCUGAUCGAGCUCUCUUCUUUUGCUGGCCACGCGUCAUCCAUGGCGAGACAGAGCUGCUGAUACAGUUGUUUGAUUGAUACUGUCGCUGUUGUUGUAUUUCUACCUGCUCUAAUGUACUGUAGUGCUUCUGCCGGUUGUAUUUAUUUGUUCCUACAUCUUCCUCAGUACUUACAUUACUUGUUUUACUAGAAUAUAGACAGCCGAUUCAAUGCACUUCACCAUUUGAUACAAGACAAUAAAAUUGUUGUAUACAUGCACCGUUCAUGCAUUGAGCCGGGUGUUGGUAAUGAAUACCUCCGUUUUCUUUAA